UGCUAAAUGACAAGUGGUGACCUUCUUACCACAAUGCUUUGCAACGUUGUCAGCUGACUGCUGGGCCGAGAUGGCAAAAUCAGUACGGUCAGGGGAAUUACUCCUAAAAACUCUUCGGGAGCAGUUGUCAGGUUUGAAACCGAGUGCUAAGGCCGAAGCUGAAGAAGCACUGAACAACGGACCCGGGGCUAUAGUGUCAUUCAAUCUUCUGCGGGAACUUCACCAGGUCCUACGGGAGAAAGUUUCGCCUGUGUAUCUUCAUGAGCUGCUUGAAGAUAGUGAAGUCUAUUUGCCAGAAGUGAAAAUACCUGAACGGAAUCCACAGCUUGUGGCCCGUCUGGAAAAGAUCAAAGCAAAUUUGGCAAAUGAGGAAUAUAAGAAGAUAACAAGGAAUAUCAGUUGCCAGGCCAAACAGAAUGGAACACUGGCGGAACUGAGCAGACAAGUGCGACCAUUAAAGACCAUAAUUAUUACAGUCUGUAACUUCUUUGUCACUGUGGUUGCUGCAUUUGCGUGCACCUAUAUUGGAAGCCAAUAUCUCUUCACUGAAACAGCUGGGCGUGUGCUCUCUGCUGUAAUAGUAGCAUCAAUAGUGGGCCUGGCAGAGCUUUAUGUCCUAGUGCGGACCAUGGAGGGACAGCUCGGUGAGCUAUAGCUGGCGUUACUUUUCUAGAAGACAAACAGCCACUUCUUCUGCGCAGGUGCUGGACUCACAAAAAAGUGAUAAUACACCACUGGAUUCCAUCACACCAGGGUUGUAGACGGAUUGUUUUUAUUUAUGGAUGUAGAUUGACGGGAGCUGCUGUUUCAUUCUGGCUUUAAAGGGGUAGCUUCACUGUUACAAAGCUUGGUUGCUUGGGAAUUUACUGAGAUAACUAUUUACUGUGAUUAUUUUUAUUAAGCAAGUUGUCACAAGGACCAAGAAUAAAAACUAAUAAUACAUGUUGUUUUGGUACAAUUGUUUUCCUGUGUUAUCCAUUUAUUUUCUGACUUUAUUAUUAAAGAAUAAAAGAUCACACUAA